AUGGUGAAAGAGGCCCGGUUCAUGCAGCACUUGACCCGAAUCAAACCGGCCCAAUCUGGUGCUUUUCCGAGUCCGCCACGUCCGUCGCGUCCACCAAUUUUUUGGCGCAAAAGCUCGAAAAAUUUCACCGCGGGCAUCAAAUCACAGUUCAAAGAAGCCCUCUUCUCCAUUGAUCUGAGCUCUAAUGUCUGCGCUCUUAUGGAAGACUUCUCCGUUCCCUCAUUUUCUUUAGGGCUCGACAUCGACAUCGACAUCGACAUCGCUGAUCUACCCACCGAAGGCGAAGAGGAGGAAGAAGAAGCGGGCCAUCCUGGCCUUCAGUCAUGUCCAGAUCAGCGGCAGGAGGAGGAAGAGAGCGUACGUAAAUCUUCGAUUCAAAAAUGGGAAGAGAUUGGAGGACAGGAAACCCUAGGCGAGGCUCAAGAAGAGGAGCCCCCUCCGCGGGUCCUCAAGCGACUAAGGAGGGGGCCGCCGUCUUCAUCUCCUGCGGCAGCUUGCAUUUCUCGUCCGUCUGCUGAUGGAGGCGAUCUGACGCAUGAAUCGCCUCCGUUGUACGAUGACAUCGAGGAGUUUUCUUCUCCGGACAAGCAUCCUAAGCGCUGUUCUGAUGAUUAUCCAUCUACUCAAAGUCAUAUCACCUGUAGCAAUGCAAAAUUUUCCUUGCUGCAUCGUGGUUUCCUAAAGGAUAAUUCAGAGUGUAAGCACAGAGCUUCUAAAGUCCCAGCUUCUGGUUGCUUCUCCACUUUGACAAGUCUUGACGCAAGAAAUGACAAGGUUACUUUCCCAAGAUUAACCAUUAGCCCUAUUAGAAAGAUCAAUUUAAUUGACUCAGAUUCAGAUGAUUCUUCUAACAGUAAAGAUAAAUGUAGAAAGAAUGAAGUGACUGGUGUAUCUUUGAAAAAAGGAAAGCAUUUCCAUGAGGCAUGUGCAGCUUGGGAAGCGAAAAAAAGUUUUUUAGCAAGCAAAUGUCAAAAAGAAAGUUUUUGGAAGGAUUUCAGUCCAAAUAAAAACAGCAAAUUAGAAACUCCAGCUCUGGAUGAGUUUUGCAAGGAAUAUUUCAGAUCAAUCGGGGAUCAAAAUGUAAAUCAUAUCAAGGGAGAAAUUAAGUCCUCUUGUUUUGGCAGUUCUAGUGGAUUCGAUACUCAUGAUCUCAUUGAUGGAAGUGAUGUUUUGAACUCUCCGAAUAACAUCAAUGGAGAGGUGGACAGAAACUGGGAUUUGUCAAGUCCUCAACCUCCUGCCUAUCAAUAUUUCUAUCAUACUGAUCCAAGGAUCCAGACAUUAGUUCGUCAACGUUUGCCACACUUUGUUCUUCUUGGAACGAAGAAUAAUACUGAAGCUCAGCAGUUUGGAGCUGAAAGUCUUGAUUAUAUACGUCAGUUCAGCCCUACACUUGCUGGUGGGAAAGCUCACAUUGCAACUGAAAAGUUAUCUCGAUCAAACUCAAGUAAAAAGCAGAAUAAAAAAAGCUGCAGUGUCAUAGAAGCCUCAGAUGCUGCUGGGAGUUGGGUAAAUCCUAGAUUCAAAGCUACUGUCCCAAAGGACGCUGGAAAAAGAAGAGUCAGUGCUGAUGUUCGUCAAUCAGGUCACUGGUUUACUGAACAGGAUGGAAGAAAGGUGUAUGUCAGUAAAGAUGGAGAAAAAUCAACUGGUCGAACAGCAUAUGCAAAAUACAAGAAG